GAGGUAAAAGGGAGAAAUGCAGAUUAAAAGACGAGGGGGGGAGUGGGCCCGCCGACUGGACGGAAGGGUGAGGGAGCAGGGCCCUAGGACUAGUCGAACCACAAGAGGCCGAAAAUCAAUCCGCCAUUCUGUUGACGGACUCUGGAGGAGUAGCAACAGUUUUAAAGUGAGUAAGUGUGAGAAGUGUGAAGUGAAGUGAAGUGAAGAGGCAGCCAGAAGAAGGACGAGUGAAUCACCAGUGAAUCACCAGUGCAUUAUCAGGAAAGAAUGAGAGUCAGCGGAUCAAGUGAAGUGGAGGGAGAGAAGAGGGGAAUGUCUCCCCCACCUGAACGGCAGCGCGUGCGACGUGCCUGCAACCGGAGGCUGCGGCGAGCGGGAGCGGCGGAGAAGCAGGGGAGGGGAGAGAGGACGGCUGCUAGCCGAGUGUAUCAGUCGGAACUACCUACACUGCAGUAUCUCCCAAUGGAGAUGCUUCUCCUCAUCCUUGGGUAUGUGGGUGUGUGGGAUCUCCUUCGCCUGCUGACGACUGCCGCAUCCCAACGAGUGCGGAACGCCGCGAGGGCCGCCUUCCUUGCCGCAGAACCGAUUUCCAUCACCAUCGGCUCCUCCAUGGCCUCUUGCUGGUCUGUCAGCGAAGUUAAUGAAGCGGCAAUCCAGAAGAUGCUAGAGACCCUCAAGCGGUGGAUCUUAUACUUAGAGGUGGGUGGGGGGUUGAAAGCCCUCAAUCAUGUGAACUGGUUAUCUCGCUAUGAUCGUGCCGUACAGGUUCAGCUUCAGACCCAUCCGGAACUUAAGCCACAGUGGGUUAAGUUCCUGACUUGUCUCCUGAACCCGGAGACGAUAAUCAGUCAUGUCGAUUGUACGGCUUUUGACUUCGUUACAAGCCCGAAGGAAUAUGCUCGUUUCGGCGAGCUAUUCCUUGAAAAACAUCACGCUCACUUAAUGACUGUAGACGGCAAGUGUUUUUGGAAGAGAGAAUUUUUAGACCUCAAUUGGGCAAAAUUACAGUACAUAAAUUUUAUGUUUACCAAAGCUGAGUGCUUAAGGGAGAUGGGGAGGGAGGGUGGGGAGGAAGAGGGAGUAAAUUUUGAGGGUUGGGUUGUAGACACCAUUAUAAAGUUUGUAGAAAUAGUGCCUACACUUGAGAUGUGUGUUGGGGGGCCUAUCGGUGGCUCCGGUUUAGAGUAA